AUGGACGAGGAGUCCCUAAGGAAUGCCAGAGUGAUUGAGUAUGAGGCAUUGUUCACCAAACAGAAAUUCCAAAAAACCAAGACCUGGCACGACGGGACUCUCAAAUACUACACUUUUAACCGGAAAGUAGUAUUGAUCGAUGGGAUCACCGGGGCCAAAUUAGCAGAAGAAUUUGUGAAGAAGGACACCACCAUACAAGAAGGCCAGCAGUUCCAUUUAUCUAGCUAUAUGAUUGAAGUUGGGGGGCUUAUUGGAGAACAUGAACGUGAUUUGAGCGGGGCGUUUGUUAAACAAAGUCAGCAAAAUAAUAAUGAUAAUAAUAAUAAUAAUAAUAAGACAGGGUCCAUGUCUAAGUUAGGGGAUCGAGACCAUCCAGUUAAUAAUCGUCCAUUAGAUGAUAUUAUGCCAGUGAAACAGCGAAUAAGACCGGUGGGGUUGACAAAGGGUAAACCUUCUUUGAAUAGGGUGCAGAACUCACCGAUAUCAAGAAACCUCUAUAAUAGAACAAUGAGUCGUCGACCUUUGACACCAUUGGACAACAAUAAGAUAAUAAUAUCGAAACCAAUGAAACCUCUAUCACCAAAUAAUUUGCCAACCCCAGUGGUAAAGACAAAGAAACUUACAAAAAAGCCCGCGACAGAGGAAGAACCACUUAGUACCAAGCUAUUGAGAAUUUCUGGUCCUCGACUUCAAUCAUCACGGAGAACAUCGAGGAUAAUUGUGGGAUUACCAAUGCCAAAGACAAAAAAUACAGGAAGAUUAUCGGAAUCCCCGAAGAGAAGGUCAAAGAAGAGGAAAAAUCCUACAAGAAUCAUGAAAUUGCAUGGACCGCCAAGACCCAUUGAAAUCCCCAAAAAGUUACUAGAUCAUUUAGAUGGGGCAAUAAAAAGCGGCACAAGCAGUAAUAGUGAACGAAGUGGGGAUUUUGAGCAUUCUUUGAGUGAUGAUGAGGAAGAAACUUCUUUAUCUGGAUCAAGGCAAUCUGGUGAAAUGGAUAUUCCUAAUGAAAACAAUGUUCCAAACCAAACAACCACAACACACAACAAACUCGAAGAUCCUGUGUCGGAACAAACAAUAAUAACACACAAGAAUCAAAAUGAUAAGCCCCAAAAAUCGUAUAAAUCUGACAAUCCUCAAAAUCACGGUGAUGAGCACGAUCCCGAAAUUUCUAAUGAGCCAACCACAAUAAUAGAAAAUUCAAACUUCUCCCCAUCAACAACAACAAGAUCAUUCACCAAGACUUCACCAAGGUUAAUUACUUCUUCUUCUUCUUCUUUGUCUUCUUCAUUAGUCGACAUCUCUAAAAACUCAUCCACGUCCUCUGGCCCGAUCAAAAUCACCAACAUAACUCCUCUGAGACAUCCAAAGCUUGGAACCAGGUAUAAUCAAUCUCCACUGGCUGCCAAAACCACGAAUUUAACAAAACGGCCUCUUGCUCCACAGGUGGAGAUUUACGCGUCGGAUUAUGACUCUCAGAUUUCUGAUGAUUUUGAAGACGAUAGUGAGGAUGAUGACAAUACUUUUGGAAACAACACCAAUGAAAAGUCAUUAUCUAACCGACUUAAGGCGAUCAAUAAUGGGGGAAAGAUAAGAACAACUCAAACAAUAACUUGA